AAAUAUUUGCAGUGAGCAGCCAGAUCAGCGGAACCUCACUGAUCCUCUACAGGUCACCGUUCAGGGCUCAAACACCUAAAACCAGUGCGCCAAUCAGGAUCAAGUUCUGCGCCGUGGGUCUCCUGCAGCCUGUCGGUGCAUCACGCUCUGCAGAAAGCAGAUCGUCCCAACUCUGAAAAAGCAUUCAGGGCUGUCAAGGCUUCAGGAUGGCUGUGAAGCUGCUGAUGCUUCGGCUGCUGCUGCUCCUGUUCUGUCUCAGCCGGGCCGAGGAACAAAGGUGCCCGGGAUCUGCCUCGAGCUGCGACCAGUGCAUCCAGGCGGGCCCCGAGUGCGCCUGGUGCACCUCCCCUCGUGCUAACGUUCGCUGUGCGACCGCAAACACGCUGCGGAGCGCUGGCUGUCGGAGGAGACAGAUUUAUAACCCCGCUGGCACCCUGCAGGUGCUAAAGAAUGACACUCGGACUGACACAGGGGAAGCCGUGCUCCUGCAGCCCCAGGAGGUCUCCCUCCACCUGAGGCCUGGCGUCACAGAGUCCUUUCGUCUCACCAUCUCCACAGCAGCAGCAGCAGCAGCAGCAGCAGCAGCAGGCCACCCUGGACCAGAACUGAUUAUGGACCUCAGCAAUGUACCAGCUGGAGUUAACCUCACAUUCAGCAGACCAACCAAAGGAAGCCCACAGCACGUUGAGGUGAGUGUGGGAGCUGCCCAGUGUCCCCGUCAGAGCGGAACCUCAAACCAGAACAGAACUGGACCCUGGUCCGUUCGCAUUACACCCAGAGGGUUUUCAGCGAGCCUCAAGCUGGAGUUAACAUUGCUGUGUGAGUGCAGCUGCACUGGGAACCGUGAGGAAAACAGCCCCGCGUGCAGCGGCCACGGCACUCUGGUCUGCGGCCGGUGUGAGUGCGACCGGCCUUAUUCCAGCCAACGCUGCCAGACCAAAGGCGACUCGGUCUCUGGCCAACACGAGGAUCUGUGCCGCUCCAGCCCAAAUGCUCCAGUGUGCAGCGGCAGGGGCUCUUGUGUGGAGGGCUUUUGUGAGUGCGACAAGCGGGCAGCUCCAAACGAGACGUACAGCGGGCGAUACUGCGAGUGCAGCAACUUUGACUGUCCACACCAUGACGGCAGACUGUGUGGAGGCAACGGGAGGUGCGAAUGUGGACGGUGCCUGUGUGACGCUGAGUGGGUCGGUGAAGCCUGCGGCUGCUCCAUGCAAACCGCCUCCUGCACGCCGGCCAACAACCGGCCGCUGUGCAACGGCAGAGGACUGUGUGAAUGCGGGGCGUGUCGAUGCGACCCUCCGUUCAGCGGCCCCACCUGCGAGGAAUGCCCUGACUGUGGAAACGUUUGCCAGGAGCGUGCUGCGUGCGCGGAGUGCCGGGCGUUCGGAACGGGAGCCGACAAGGACACGUGUGACAGAAAGUGUGGCCACCUCGUGGUCAACACGGUCGAGACAAAAGAGGCGCUUCAGGGAAGACUCUGUAAAAUGAGGAGCUCUGAGGACUUUUGCUUCUUCUACUUCUCAAGCCUGCCGUCUAGUCGACUGGCCACCGUAGCUCGAGCUAAAGAGUGCUGAACAACCAUCUGUCAAGCUACGCCAGAUGAGCGUGGUUUGAAGGAGAACGUCGGGGAAUAAGGAAGAGGACGUACGGCCAUCCGUAUGAUAAUGCAGUUGUUUCGGGUUGUGAGGCUGGUGCUGUGCUGGAAGCGAAGGUCUCGGGCCUGAAGUUGUAGCUCCUGGCAAAGUUCUGUCUUCUUCUUCUCUGUAAAAUAAAAUGGCAACACGGGA